AUGUUGAGCCCGACCUUUUUUCUAUGGGAUGUUGGAUAUCCCUUAUAUACCUAUGGCUCUAUCUUCAUGAUUAUACUAAUUAUUUGGCAACUGAAAAGGAGCCAGCAAGGAUUAAGGUUGGGACCUAAGAGGACCUGUUACCGGUGUCACCAAAGAAUCAGACAAAGGUCUAGAGAAAGAACAACAAAAGCUAGGAGAGUUUCCCAAGAAGAAGCUGAGAAGCUGAGGAAGCUGCUAUCUCUUAUGAAAAGCCAGAGCUGGCUUCCUCAGGAGGGAAGUGUGAGGAGACUCCUGUGUGCAGAUCCUUGCUGUCACAUUUGCAAUGAUGUGGCUCUGGAGAUUCAGCAACUGCUGGAGGGUAAAAAGUCCCUGAUGGUCUCCACUUCAGCCAAGGCAUCACAGCAGCCCUCCUACUUAGAGAAUAUGUCCAUGUCUGGUAUCUCUGAGCUGAGUGUGAAGUUGAGUUCCAAGCACACCAGAGAGCUUUCACUGACAUCGGUAACCACCACACUGACACAAGUCACAGAUCAGAAAUCUUUAACCCAGACGGCUGCCCCAUCAACUGUUGAGGUCAGCAUUCAGCAUUACUGGAAUGAACACCUGCAGCUGGGGAAGGAAUGUCAACUACCAGCUGUGUCCUGGGGCUCAGAAGCUCUGUGUUCUUCAAGCCUUGAGGAGCUUGGGAUUCCUGUGAACCAGCAGGAGAGGGAAAAGAGCAAUUCUGAAUCUGUCCUGGAGAAAGAAGGCCAGGUAACCAACCAGUUGCCUCUGGAGAGUGGGACGCGGGUCCGGGACAGGCGGGCUCUACACUGCGGGCCCCGCGCCGCCCUCGGCCGCUCGGUGGGCCGGCGUGCUGCGGCCGAGCGCUGGGAGCAGGCGGCGCGGGCGGAGCAGCAGGCUGAGGCGGCGGCGCGCGAGCCCGAAACACACACACCCUCCCUGCUCCCUGCCGCGCGCGACUGCGGCGCGUGA